AUGUCCAGCCAAGAGAGUCCUGGUGUGGAGUCUUCUACGACGACAGUCAGUUCAGUAGCUGUGCAGGCUGGGGACUCCAAAAUCGUUAUAGCUGUCAUAAAGUGUGGCAAAUGGGUACAACUUCAGUUGGCUGAAUCACAGCCCAAUCUUCUAGAAAUUGGAAGCAAUCAAGAUGAAACCAAAAAACUUCUUCACGAUCAUGAACUUCUUUUGGCCAAACUCAAGGUUUUGGAAGAUCGAGUCUGGGAACUCCUGCAAGAAGCAGAUAGGACUGCUGAAGAGAACAAGGAUCAGAGUCAGGUCUAUGACGCAAUGGCCAAAACUCUGGGCGAAGCAUGGGCAGCCCUGGUCUCCAUGCUUGAGAGAAGGAGGGAGCUUCUCAGAUUGACCUCUGAGUUUUUUGAAAACGCCUUGGAGUUUGCCAUUAAAAUAGACCAAGCAGAAGAGUUCCUCCAGAACACUCAGGAGUUUGAGAGUGCCGAGUGCUUGAAGUCACUCCUUCAACUUCAUGAACAUCAUACCAAAGAACUCUUAGAACGAUCUCUAGCCCUUUUAAACAAAAGUCAACAACUCACUGACUUCAUAGAAAAAAUCAAGUGUGAUGGACCUAAUGUAAAUGCUGAGAUGAUUCAGGGAGCUCAAAACAGCUGCCUGAAGAUCGACAGUCUUCUUGAACUUCUCCAAGACAGGAGGCGGCAACUAGACAAGUACCUGAAACAACAGCAGCAGGAAUUGAGUCAGGUUCUGCAGAUGUGUCAGUGGGACCAACAGGAAAGUCAGGUCACUUGUUGGUUUCAGAAAACUAUAAGAGAUUUAGAGGAACAAGGUCUAGGUACAUCUCUUUCAGACAAUGAGGAGCUUAUUCGUAAGCAUGAAGAACUGAUAAUAAAAGCAAAGGAAUGGAAUGCGGUGGUCGAGACGCUGAAGAGUGAGGCGCUGGGGCUUCUCCUCUCCAAGGAGAAUGUGGAGAACGAACACCUACAGCUCUCUAACCAGAAACUGAAUCAGCUUCAAGAGGAGUUUGGUCAGCUCAUGGCGGAAAGGAAAGGCUGGUUAAAAAAGGCAAAUGAGUUUUUUAACAGCGCGAACAAGGCAUUUGAUGUACUUGGAAGAGUUGAAGCUUACCUUAAGCUCCUUAAAUCAGAGGGUUUAAGUCUGCCUGUCUUGGCGGCGAGGCAUGAAGAAUUACACAGAGAAAUUAAAGACUGCACAGCUGAUGCUUUGCAGAAAGGGCAAGCCUUGAUCAGCCAACUAGCUUCCUGCAGCUCUCGGGUGACCGGUGUCCGUGAGAUUAUGGGCUGCAUCAGAAGACGGGUAGAACAUCUGACUGAACAGUGUUCAGCGCACAAGGAACUUUCUCUUAAGAGACAGCAAUUAACAGCCUCAGUGGAGGGCCACCUAAGAGAGGUUGAAAUGUCCAUUCAGAAAAUCAGCACAGUAAUUUCCAAUGCAAUGGAUGUCGGUUCCAGCCUUUCUGAAUCAGAGAAGAUUUUGAGCAAAUAUCUGGAACUAGAUAAACAAGCUAAGGAGACGUCACAUGAAUUAGAAGCAGCUGCAAAACUCUUGACAGAGAAACAUGAUUUUGAACUUGAUGAACUGGCAUCACUUUCUUCUAAAGCUAAAUGGCUAGAGGAAGAAUUAAACAUAUUUGGCCAAAGCAUCAGCUCCAGGUCACAAGUCCUGCAAACUUACGUGGCAUUUCUGAAGUCAUCGGAGGAGGUAGAGAAGCAAUGUCAUGGCCUAAAGGAGUUUUACCAAACUGACAUCCUACGAAAGGAAGAGGGCGGUGCUGAAGCCAAGCAUUGGUCUGACUCAGUGGAGAAGCAGUGGCAGCUAUUUUUAAAGAGGAGUUUUUUAACGCACGACCUUGGGCUCGAGUUCCUUAAUUUAAUAAAUAUGGCAAAAGAAAAUGAAAUAUUAAAUGUGAAAAAUGAAGUACACGUCAUGGAGAACACUAUGGAAAGCCAGAAGGCAGAAAGGGAAGAACUCAGCCACCUUCGGACAGCCUGGCAACUUAAAGCCGCUGCAAGCAAGCCCGUGAAACAGCAGUGGGCAGCAUUCAAAGAGCAGCUUAGAAAGACCAUGCACAACUUAAAACUUCUUCAGGAAGUGCUUAUGCCUGUGUCUGCACUUGACCUUGGAGGGAGUCUCCAGACCAUUUUAGGUCUACGGAAAAAAUGGAAUGAAAUGAAGCCUCAGUUCCAGCAACUGAAUGAUGAGGUUCAGUAUAUUAUAAAAGAGUCAGAAGAGUUAAAUGGCAAAGGAGCACCUGUGAAAGAAAAGUCUCAACAGCUGAAGGAUCUUAUUUACUUCCAUCAGAACCAGAAACAGAGAAUCCGAGAUUACGAGGACAUCCUAUAUAAGAUUAUCCAGUUCCACCAAGUCAGAGAAGAGCUGGGAAGACUCUUCAAAUCAAGAGAACUGGAGUUUCCAGAACAGACAAAGGAAAUGAAUGAUGCUCACAAUGCCCAGGUCCUCCUCAGACGCUCUCGGGCAAAACAGGCGCACAUAGACCAUCUCCAUAAACUGGCUCUCUCCUUGGGGGUGGAUGUCAUCUCAUCAGUGCAGCAGCCUAACUGCUCGAACAUUUCUGCAAAGAACCUGCAGCAACAGCUGGACAUGCUUGAAGGGGACUGUCUGACCUGGCGUGCCCAGGCCGAGGACCAUGAGCGGGCCCUGACCCGCAGCCUGGAGUUCUGCAUUACAAGGGAUGAGAUAAGUGAGCUCAAAGAAUCAUUCAAAGAAAUAAAAAAGAAAUUCAACAAUUUGAAGUUUAAUUACACUAAGAAAAAUGAAAAAGCUCGAAAUCUAAAAGCUCUCAAAUAUCAAAUUCAACAAGUGGAUAUGUAUGCUGAAAAACUACAGGCUUUGAAAAGGAAAAUGGAAAAAGUUGAGAAUAAAACUUCUUUCUUAAAUUAUCCAAAUAAUAAAGAGAAUAUCCUUUUGGAAGCCAUGAGGGAUUUGCAGAAGCAUGUGGAUGAAUUUGACAAAGUUGUAACAGAUUACAGGAAGAAUUUGGACCUGACUGAGCAUCUCCAGGAGUUGAUAGAAGAGUGUCACUUUUGGUAUGAAGAUGCGAGUGCCACAGUUGUAAGAGUGGGAAAGUAUUCCGCAGAGUGCAAGACCAAGGCAGCAGUGGAGAUCCUCCACCAGCAGUUCAAAAAGUUUAUCACACCCGCAGUGCCUCAGCAAGAAGAAAGGAUUCAGGAGAUCAGUGACCUCGCUCAGCGCUUAUAUGGUUUUGAAGAAGGGCAGAAAUAUGCUGAAAAAAUAGUGGCCAAACACAAAGAAGUUCUUGAAUCUAUCACUGAAUUAUGUAGCUUUCUCACAGAGCUUGAAGAAAAGCUGAAGCAGGGAGAUGUUUUAAAGUUGAAUCUGAAUUUGGAAGACUCCUAUGAUGAUUGCGUUGACCUACAAAAAGAACCAGCAAGAAAUAAGCAAACAAUAUUCAAUGAUGGAAGGAAUAAGGAGCAGGCCCAGCCAGCAGCCAUCUUGGCCGUCAACGGAGCACGAAAGCGUCAGCUUCCACAGGGCAUGAAGCAGCUGGUCCCCGGCCAAGAGAGUGCUGUCCAAGGCCUGCUUCUGCCUGGGGACGUGCUUUCAGGAGAAAAAUAUCAGUGUGUUUCACCCGACGACAUCUCCCUGCCUCCAGUCCCAGGAAGCCCCGAUUCUCUCCUCUCUCCGUCCAACAUGGAGCUGGAGGCGCGUGGCAGCCGGUUCCCCCGCCAUCACCUCAGUGGCCACGGGAUGCAGACGGGGGCCAGCGGUCCAGGAGAGGCCCCUGAAUCUGGCUUUCCUCCACCUGCUGCUUUUGCUGAUGCUUGCAAUGAUAAGAGAGAAACGUUUUCAAGUCAUUUUGAGAAGCCUUCCCCCCAGGUCCAAGCCGAGCCCCCAUUAACAUCCCAAGGAUUUCUGGAGAAGAGUACUGCCUUCCACAAAAUCAGUGCUCAACUUCCAGAGAGCAUGCGCAGUGAAGUGCAUGACAGAGCUUCACAACAGCACCCCCAGGCUCAGGGACAUUUGCUAGAAAGACCAGAGAAAAUGCAUGCUGAUAAUAACGUCACUAAAACCCGAAAUAGGCUGCAUGCUUCCCAGGAUGCAUUCUCGGGCCUCGGGUUUCAUCCAGGCCCCAGCCAGGCCUGUCAGAGGCAAAUGGUUCCCCGAGAAGAGAUUAUAAGUACACCAGCUAAGAACAGUAUGGUCAGCCUAGCUGGCCAGGCCCCUAAUUUUUCCAGGCUCCUGUCUAACGUAACUGUCAUGGAAGGUUCUCCAGUGACUUUGGAAGUUGAAGUAACAGGAUUUCCAGAGCCUACACUGACAUGGUACAAGAAGGGCCAGAAAUUGUCUGCAGAUGGGCACUUGCAGGUUUUACACAAGGAGACAAGACACUUGGUGUUCAUUCCGAAGGUAUGCAAGGCAGAUGCAGGCCUCUAUGUGGCGCGGGCCCAAAACCCUAGUGGCAUUCUCUCCUCCAGUGUCAACCUCCACGUGACAGCGGAGACAGCGCCACCCAACUUCGCUCAGCGGCUGCAGAGCAUGACUGUGAGACAAGGAAGCCAAGUGCGACUCCAAGUGAGAGUGACGGGAAUCCCUACACCUGUGGUGAAGUUCUACCGGGACGGGGCCGAGAUCCAGAGCUCCCUUGAUUUUCAAAUUUCACAAGAAGGCGAGCUCUACAGCUUACUGAUUGCGGAAGCAUACCCGGAAGACUCCGGAACCUAUUCAGUAAAUGCAACCAAUAGCGUUGGAAGAGCUACUUCCACUGCCGAAUUACUGGUUCAAGGUGAAGAAGUAGUACCCGCUAAAAGGACAAAGACAAUUGUUUCGACUGCUCAGAUUUCAGAAACACGACAAACUCGAAUUGAAAAGAAGAUUGAGGCCCACUUUGAUGCCAGAUCAAUUGCAGCAGUUGAGAUGGUCAUAGAUGGUGCCGCUGGGCAACAGCUGCCGCAUAAAACACCUCCCAGGAUACCUCCUAAACCAAAAUCAAGGUCUCCCACACCACCAUCCAUUGCUGCCAAAGCACAGUUGGCUCGACAGCAGUCCCCAUCGCCAAUAAGACACUCCCCUUCCCCUGUCAGACAUGUGCGGGCACCGACUCCAUCUCCUGUCAGGUCCGUGUCUCCAGCGGGGAGGAUUUCCACAUCCCCCAUCAGAUCCGUUAGGUCUCCCUUACUUGUCCGGAAGGCUCAGACACCCACCAUGCCCCCAGGCCCUGAAGUGCCUCCCCCUUGGAAGCAAGAGGGCUACGUGGCUUCAUCUGAGGCUGAGAUGAGAGAAACCACAGUGACCAGUGCUACUCAGAUCAGGACAGAGGAGAGAUGGGAAGGGAGAUACGGGAUCCAGGAGCAAGUGACCAUCAGCGGAGCUGCAGGCGCCGCCGCCCGAACUACCUUCGCAGCAGGAGCUGUCGCCGCUGGGGCUUCAGAGGUGAGACAAGAGACGGACAAGAGUGCAGCUGUUGCCACAGUCGUUGCUGCCGUUGACCUGGCCAGAGUGAGAGAACCAGUUCUCGGCGCUGUAGAGCAGACUGCCCAGAGGACAACCACGACUGCCGUGCACACCCAGCCUGCUCCCGAACAGAUAAGAAAGGAGGCAGAGAAGACUGCUGUAACUAAGGUGGUAGUGGCCACCGAUAAAGCCAAAGAGCAAGAAUUAAAAGCCAGAACCAGAGAAGUAAUUACGACAAAACAAGAGCAGGUGCACGUAACUCAUGAACAGAUAAGAAAAGAAACUGAAAAAGCAUUUGUACCAAAAGUAGUAAUUUCCGCAGCUAAAGCCAAAGAACAGGAAACUAGAAUAACUGGAGAAAUUACUACAAAACAAGAACAAAAACAAAUAACUCAAGAAACAAUAAUACAGAAAGCUGAGACAGCUGCUGUGUCCAUGGUGGUAGUUGAAACUGCCAAGCCCACGAAACUAGAAACAAUUCUGGGAGCCCAAGAAGAAAUUGUCACACAACAAGAUCAAAUGCACAUAACUCAUGAAAAGAUAUUGAAAGAGACUAGGAAAACAGUGGUACCUAAAGUCAUAGUUGCCACACCCAAAGUCAAAGAACAAGAUGUAUUAUCAAGAACUAGAGAAGGCAUCACUACCAAAAGAGAGCAAGUUCAAGUAACUCAGGAAAAGAUGAGAAAGGAAGCUGAGAAAACUGCCUUGUCUACAAUAGCAGUUGCUACUGCUAAAGCCAAAGAACAAGAAACAAUACUGAGAACUAGAGAAGAAAUGGCUACUAGACAAGAACAAAUCCAAGUUACUCAUGGAAAGGUGGGCGUUGGGAAAAAGGCGGAAGCUGUAGCAACAGUGGUUGCUGCAGUUGAUCAGGCCCGAGUUCGAGAGCCCAGAGAACCCGGACAUGUUGAAGAAUCAUACGCUCAGCAGACCACUUUGGAGUAUGGAUAUAAGGAGCACGUUUCCGCCACAAAGGUAGCUGAGCAGCCCCCACGUCCAGCCUCAGAGCCCCACGUUGUCCCUAAAGCAGUCAAGCCUAGAGUAAUCCAUGCUCCUUCUGAGACUCAUAUCACAACUACUGAUCAAAUGGGAAUGCACAUAUCAUCACAGAUCAAGAAAACUACAGAUCUAACAAGCGAAAGAUUAGUCCAUGUGGAUAAACGCCCCCGUACAGCAAGCCCUCACUUUACUGUUUCAAAAAUUUCUGUUCCUAAGACAGAACAUGGAUAUGAGGCAUCAAUAGCCGGUAGCGCUAUUGCCACAUUACAAAAAGAGUUGUCAGCCACACCUUCUGCUCAGAAGGUCACCAAAUCUGUGAAGGCACCUACUGUAAAGCCUGCUGAGGCUAGAGUGAGAGCAGAGCCCACUCCUUCACCCCAGUUCCCCUUCGUGGACACACCAGAGACUUUUAAGAGUCAAGUUGGCAUUGAGGUGAAGAAGGAGGUUGGGGUGAGCAUCACUGGUGUUGCGGUCCAUGAAGAGCGCUUCGAAGCACUGCGUGAGCGUGAAGCCAAGGUAACAGAAACAGCAAGAGUACCUGCACCUGUCGAAAUCCCUGUCACUCCACCAACUUUAGUCUCGGGCUUAAAGAACGUGACUGUGAUUGAAGGUGAAUCUGUCACCUUAGAGUGCCACAUCUCUGGAUACCCAUCCCCCAAAGUGACAUGGUACAGAGAAGACUACCAGAUAGAAAGUUCCAUUGAUUUCCAGAUAACCUUCCAGAGUGGAAUUGCUCGCCUUAUGAUUCGUGAAGCCUUUGCAGAAGACAGCGGGCGGUUCACUUGCACUGCUGUGAACGAGGCUGGGACCGUCAGCACAUCCUGCUAUCUAGCUGUGCAAGUGUCAGAAGAAUUUGAAAAGGAAACCACAGCUGUGGCUGAGAAAAUCACCACAGAAGAGAAACGCUUCGUCGAAUCAAGGGAUGUGGUAAUGACUGAUACUAGCUUCACAGAGGAACCAGCAGGGCCGGGAGAACCUGCCGCUCCUUUCUUUAUUACAAAACCAGUGGUCCAGAAACUGGUGGAAGGUGGGAGCAUUGUAUUUGAAUGCCAGGUUGGCGGCAACCCGAAGCCCCAUGUCUACUGGAAGAAGUCUGGUGUUCCUCUAACCACAGGAUACAGAUACAAAGUGAGUUACAACAAACAAACUGGUGAGUGCAGACUGGUGAUUUCAAUGACUUUUGCCGAUGAUGCUGGAGAAUACACUAUUGUUAUUCGUAAUAAGCAUGGAGAAACUUCUGCAUCUGCCUCCUUGCUUGAAGAAGCUGAUUAUGAGUCACUGAUGAAAUCCCAGCAAGAAAUGCUUUACCAAACACAAGUGACUGCAUUUGUGCAAGAACCUAAAGUUGGAGAAAUAGCACCUGGAUAUGUAUACUCUGAGUAUGAAAAAGAGUAUGAAAAAGAACAAGCCUUAAUUAGGAAGAAAAUGGCCAAAGAUACUGUAAUGGUCAGAACUUUUGUGGAAGACCAGGAAUUCCACAUUUCUUCCUUUGAAGAGAGACUAAUUAAAGAAAUUGAAUACAGAAUAAUAAAGACUACAUUAGAAGAACUUCUUGAAGAAGAUGGAGAAGAAAAGAUGGCAGUUGACAUUUCUGAAUCUGAAGCUAUUGAAGCAGGAUUUGAUUUAAGAGUCAAGAAUUACAGAAUUCUUGAAGGGAUGGGUGUUACAUUUCAUUGCAAGAUGUCUGGGUAUCCAUUACCCAAGAUUGCAUGGUAUAAAGAUGGCAAGCGCAUCAAACAUGGAGAGAGAUACCAUAUGGAAUUUCUACAAGAUGGCAGAGCUAGUCUGCGAAUACCUGUUGUUCUUCCAGAAGAUGAAGGCAUCUAUACUGCAUUUGCCAGCAAUAUGAAAGGAAAUGCAAUUUGCUCAGGGAAAUUGUAUGUGGAGCCUGCUGCACCUCUUAGUGCUCCAACUUACAUACCCACACCAGAGCCAGUGAGCAGAAUCAGAUCCAUCUCUCCACGUUCAGUGAGCAGAUCUCCGAUACGCAUGUCCCCUGCACGCAUGUCCCCUGCACGCAUGUCCCCUGCACGGAUGUCCCCUGCACGGAUGUCCCCUGGACGCAGGCUGGAGGAAACAGAUGAGUCACAACUCGAGAGACUGUAUAAGCCAGUCUUUGUGUUGAAACCUACUUCUUUCAAGUGUGUAGAAGGACAGACUGCCAGAUUUGACUUAAAGGUUGUGGGUCGACCCAUGCCCGAGACCUUCUGGUUUCAUGACGGCCAGCAAAUUGUCAAUGACUAUACCCAUAAAGUAGUCGUUAAAGAAGAUGGUACCCAAUCACUGCUUAUUGUCCCUGCAACACCCAGUGAUUCUGGGGAAUGGACGGUGGUUGCCCAAAACAGGGCAGGGAAAUCUUCAAUUUCAGUGAUUUUAACUGUGGAAGCUGUGGAACAUCAGGUAAAACCAGUGUUUGUGGAAAAACUGAGGAAUCUCAACAUAAAGGAAGGUUCCCGACUUGAAAUGAAAGUUAGAGCUACGGGCAACCCCAAUCCUGACAUUGUAUGGUUGAAAAACAGUGAAAUCAUUGUACCUCAUAAAUAUCCCAAAAUCAGAAUUGAAGGGACCAAGGGAGAAGCUGCCCUUAAAAUCGAUUCCACUGUCAGCCAAGACUCUGCCUGGUACACUGCAACCGCUAUUAAUAAGGCUGGCCGAGACACUACACGAUGCAAAGUAAAUGUUGAAGUUGAGUUUGCAGAGCCUGAGCCAGAGAGGAGAUUAAUCAUCCCACGAGGGACGUAUAGAGCAAAGGAGAUUGCAGCCCCAGAACUGGAGCCUCUCCAUUUGCGAUAUGGCCAAGAGCAGUGGGAAGAGGGUGACCUCUAUGACAAAGAAAAGCAACAGAAACCAUUUUUCAAGAAAAAACUGACUUCCUUAAGACUCAAGCGCUUUGGGCCUGCCCACUUUGAAUGCAGGCUGACACCAAUCGGCGACCCAACGAUGGUGGUGGAAUGGCUCCACGAUGGAAAGCCACUGGAAGCAGCCAACAGGCUGCGCAUGAUCAAUGAAUUUGGGUAUUGUAGCCUUGAUUACGCAGUGGCAUAUUCCAGAGACAGUGGUGUCAUUACUUGCAGAGCUACUAACAAAUAUGGAACAGACCACACAUCUGCUACCCUUAUUGUCAAAGAUGAGAAGAGUCUUGUGGAGGAAUCCCAAUUGCCUGAGGGGAGGAAAGGCUUACAGAGAAUUGAAGAAUUAGAGCGCAUGGCUCAUGAAGGUGCCCUUACUAGUGUGACAACCGAUCAAAAGGAGAAGCAAAAGCCAGACAUUGUCUUGUUCCCAGAGCCAGUAAGAGUACUGGAAGGGGAGACCGCCAGAUUCCGUUGCCGGGUAACAGGCUACCCUCAGCCCAAAGUCAACUGGUACCUUAAUGGGCAGCUCAUCCGCAAAAGCAAACGGUUCAGAGUCCGCUAUGACGGCAUUCAUUAUCUGGACAUCGUGGACUGCAAGUCUUAUGAUACAGGUGAAGUCAAGGUCACCGCAGAAAACCCUGAAGGUGUGAUAGAGCAUAAAGUAAAGCUUGAGAUCCAACAGAGGGAAGAUUUUAGGUCUGUCCUUAGGCGAGCCCCUGAGCCAAAGCCCGAGUUUCACAUCCACGAACCUGGGAAGCUUCAGUUUGAAGUACAAAAAGUAGACAGGCCUGUUGACACCACUGAAACCAAGGAAAUUGUGAGGCUGAAGAGAGCUGAAAGGAUCACCCAUGAAAAAGUGUCUGAAGAAUCAGAAGAGCUGCGUAGCAAGUUCAAGCGCAGAACUGAGGAAGGCUACUAUGAGGCCAUCACAGCUGUGGAGCUCAAGUCUCGUAAGAAGGACGAAUCCUACGAAGAGCUUCUCAGGAAGACAAAAGACGAACUUCUCCACUGGACCAAGGAGCUGACCGAAGAGGAGAAGAAAGCCCUUGCUGAAGAAGGCAAAAUCACCAUUCCAACUUUUAAACCUGACAAAAUUGAGUUAAGUCCUAGUAUGGAGGCCCCCAAAAUAUUCGAAAGAAUCCAAAGCCAGACAGUGGGCCAGGGAUCUGAUGCACACUUCCGGGUCAGAGUGGUGGGAAAACCUGAUCCUGAAUGUGAGUGGUACAAAAAUGGUGUGAAGAUUGAGCGCUCUGACCGAAUCUACUGGUAUUGGCCCGAAGACAACGUUUGUGAGCUGGUCAUAAGAGAUGUGACGGCUGAGGACUCUGCCAGCAUCAUGGUGAAAGCCAUCAAUAUUGCUGGGGAAACCUCAAGCCACGCAUUCUUACUCGUCCAGGCCAAGCAAUUGAUCACUUUUACACAGGAAUUACAAGAUGUUGUUGCUAAGGAAAAAGACACCAUGGCAACCUUUGAAUGUGAAACCUCAGAGCCAUUUGUCAAAGUGAAAUGGUAUAAAGAUGGUGUGGAAAUUCACACAGGAGAUAAAUAUAGGAUGCACUCUGACAGGAAAGUUCACUUCCUGUCCGUGCUGACGAUCGACGCAUCUGAUGCUGAAGACUAUAGCUGUGUACUUGUGGAAGACGAAAACGUGAAAACAACAGCUAAACUUAUUGUCGAAGGUGCAGUUGUUGAGUUUGUGAAAGAACUUCAGGACAUAGAGGUUCCAGAAUCAUUUUCAGGGGAGUUAGAGUGCAUUAUAACCCCGGAAAAUAUAGAAGGCAAAUGGUAUCAUAAGGGUGUGGAGCUUAAAUCCAAUGGCAAGUACACAAUUACAUCCCGCCGUGGCCGUCAGAACCUCACAGUCAAGGAUGUGACCAAAGAGGACCAGGGAGAAUACAGCUUUGUUGUCGAUGGGAAAAAGACAACCUGUAGACUAAAGAUGAAACCCCGCCCCAUCGCUAUCCUGCAAGGACUCAGUGAUCAAAAAGUCUGUGAGGGUGACAUUGUUCAGCUUGAAGUUAAAGUCUCCUUAGAGAAUGUGGAAGGUGUCUGGAUGAAAGACGGCGAAGAAGUGCAGCCAGGCGACAGGGUUCACAUUGUGAUAGACAAGCAGUCACACAUGCUGCUUAUUGAAGACAUGACUAAGGAGGAUGCUGGCCAUUACUCCUUCACCAUUCCUUCCCUCGGACUGUCAACCCGUGGGCGCGUCUCUGUCUACAGUGUUGAUGUGAUAACGCCUUUAAAAGAUGUUAAUGUGCUUGAAGGCACCAAGGCUGUGCUCGAAUGUAAGGUCUCAGUCCCUGAUGUGACUUCUGUUAAAUGGUACUUAAAUGACGAACAGAUCAAGCCUGAUGAUCGCGUGCAUGCCAUUGUUAAAGGCACUAAGCAGCGACUUGUGAUUAACCGGACCCAUGCUUCAGAUGAAGGACCUUACAAGCUGGUGGUUGGCAGAGUUGAAACCAGCUGUGAUCUCUCUGUAGAAAAAAUUAAAAUCAUCAGAGGUCUUCGUGACCUGACCUGUACAGAGACCCAAAAUGUGGUCUUGGAAGUUGAACUGUCCCACUCAGGAAUUGAUGUCUUGUGGAAUUUUAAGGACAAGGAAAUCAAACCCAGUUCUAAAUAUAAAAUUGAAGCUCAUGGAAAAAUAUAUAAGUUGACAGUUCUAAAUAUGAUGAAAGAUGAUGAAGGCGAAUAUACAUUUUAUGCUGGAGAAAAUAGGACAUCUGGAAAACUUACCGUGGCAGGCGGUGCCAUCUCUAAGCCACUCACAGAUCAGACGGUAGCUGAGUCCCAGGAAGCUGUGUUUGAGUGUGAAGUUGCCAACCCAGAUUCUGAAGGCGAAUGGUUGAAGGAUGGCAAACACCUACCGCUGAGUAAAACUAUCAGAAGUGAAUCUGACGGCCGCAAAAGAAGACUUAUCAUUGCUGCCACCAAACUAGAUGACAUUGGAGAAUACACCUACAAGGUGGCCACUUCCAAAACAUCUGCCAAACUCAAAGUUGAAGCUGUCAAAAUUAAGAAGACUCUGAAGAACCUCACAGUGACAGAGACCCAGGAUGCUGUUUUCACGGUGGAGCUCACACACCCUAACGUAAAAGGCGUCCAGUGGAUCAGAAACGGGGUUGUGCUGGAAUCCAAUGACAAGUACACUAUCUCCGUCAAAGGAACAGUUUACUCUCUGAGAAUUAAAAACUGUGCCGUGGUGGACGAAUCUGUUUAUGGCUUCAAGCUUGGAAAGCUGGGAGCCAGUGCCAGACUGCACGUUGAGACCGUCAAGAUCAUUAAGAAACCAAAGGAUGUGACUGCCUUGGAAAAUGCCACUGUUUCCUUUGAAGUCAGCGUUUCCCAUGACACAGUGCCAGUAAAAUGGUUCCACAAGAAUGUGGAGAUUAAGCCGAGUGACAAGCACAGGCUCGUCUCGGAAAGGAAGGUCCACAAGCUGAUGCUGCAGCAUAUUUCCCCCUCGGAUGCUGGGGAGUACACAGCUGUGGUGGGGCAGCUGGAAUGCAAGGCGAAACUAUUCGUGGAGACAUUACAUAUUACAAAAACCAUGAAAAACAUCGAGGUGCCCGAGACCAAAACUGCCUCUUUUGAGUGUGAGGUCUCCCACUUCAAUGUACCUUCCAUGUGGCUGAAGAAUGGCGUGGAGAUUGAGAUGAGUGAAAAGUUCAAGAUUGUGGUGCAGGGAAAACUCCACCAGCUAGUCAUCAUGAACACCAGCACGGAGGACUCAGCAGAAUACACGUUUGUCUGUGGCAAUGACCAAGUCAGCGCCACCCUCAAAGUGACCCCCAUCAUGAUUACAUCCAUGCUGAAGGACAUCAAUGCAGAAGAAAAAGACACCAUUACCUUUGAGGUGACAGUGAACUAUGAAGGCAUCUCUUACAAAUGGUUAAAGAAUGGUGUGGAAAUCAAAUCAACUGACAGGUGCCAGAUGAGAACCAAAAAGCUCACCCACUCACUGAACAUCAGGAAUGUCCACUUUGGGGAUGCCGCUGAGUACACCUUCGUGGCUGGAAAAGCUACCUCAACAGCCACUCUUUAUGUGGAAGCUCGUCAUAUAGAAUUUAGGAAACACAUUAAGGACAUUAAGGUUCUUGAGAAGAAGCGAGCCAUGUUUGAAUGUGAAGUUUCUGAACCUGACAUCACCGUGCAGUGGAUGAAGGAUGGCCAGGAGCUGCAGCUAGUGGACAGAAUAAAGAUACAGAAGGAGAAGUACGUCCACCGCCUGCUGAUCCCAUCCACGCGGAUGUCCGACGCCGGAAAGUAUACAGUGGUGGCUGGGGGCAGCAUGUCUAGCGCCAACCUCUUUGUCGAGGGCAGAGAUGUCCGCAUCCGGAGCAUUAAAAGGGAGGUGCAGGUUAUUGAGAAACAACGUGCUGUUGUUGAGUUUGAGGUCAAUGAAGAUGAUGUUGAUGCCCACUGGUAUAAAGAUGGCAUUGAAAUCAAUUUCCAAGUUCAGGAACGACACCAGUAUGUGGUGGAGAGAAGAAUCCACCGGAUGUUUAUCUCUGAGACCAGGCACAGUGAUGCCGGUGAAUACACCUUCGUAGCAGGAAGGAACAGGAGUUCUGUUACUCUCUAUGUCAAUGCCCCAGAGCCACCCCAGAUUCUGCAGGAACUCCAGCCUAUUACUGUGCAGUCUGGCAAGCCUGCCCGCUUCUGUGCUGUGAUAUCCGGCAGACCGCAGCCCAAAAUUUCCUGGUAUAAGGAAGAGCAGCUGCUUUCCACUGGGUUCAAGUGCAAAUUCCUUCACGAUGGGCAAGAAUAUACACUUUUGCUCAUUGAAGCCUUCCCAGAGGACGCGGCCGUCUACACCUGUGAAGCCAGGAACGACUACGGAGUCGCCACCACCUCAGCAUCACUCUCUGUGGAAGUUCCGGAAGUUGUCUCUCCUGAUCAGGAAAUGCCAGUUUAUCCUCCUGCUAUCGUCACCCCACUUCAGGACGCUGUCACUUCUGAGGGACGGCCAGCUCACUUUCAAUGCAGAGUUUCUGGAACAGAUCUAAAAGUGUCUUGGUACAGCAAAGACAAGAAAAUCAAGCCAUCUCGGUUCUUUAAAAUGACUCAGUUUGAAGACACUUACCAACUGGAAAUUGCUGAAGCUUUUCCAGAAGACGAAGGAAUUUAUACUUUCGUUGCCAGCAAUGCUGUAGGUCAAGUCUCAAGCACAGCCACUCUGAGACUGGAAGCUCCUGAAUCAAUGUUGCAUGAGCAGAUUGAGAUGGAGAUGAAAGCUGCUCCAGUGAUCAGGAGGAGAAUUGAGCCCCUGGAAGUAGCCCUGGGCCACCUCGCCAAAUUCACCUGUGAGAUCCACAGCGCCCCCAAUGUCCGCUUCCAGUGGUUCAAAGCUGGACGAGAAAUCUAUGAAAGUGACAAGUGUUCUAUUCGGUCUGCAAAUUAUGUCACCACCCUGGAAAUCCUGAGAACCCAGGUUGUUGACUGUGGCGAGUACACCUGCAAAGCUUCCAACGAGUAUGGAAGUGUCAGCUGCACGGCCACCCUGACUGUGACAGAGGCAUAUCCACCAACCUUCUUCUCCAGACCUAAGUCCAUAACGACUUUUGUGGGUAAGGCAGCCAAGUUUCUCUGCACAGUGACAGGCACGCCCGUGAUUGAAACCAUUUGGCAAAAAGAUGGCAUGGCCCUCUCACCUUCCCCUACCUGCAAGAUUUCAGAUGUAGACAACAAACACAUUUUAGAGCUCUCAAAUCUUACAGUUCAUGAUAGAGGAGUUUACUCCUGUAAGGCUUCUAACAAGUUUGGAGCCGACACCUGCCAAGCUGAGUUGGACAUAAUUGACAAACCACAUUUCAUUAAAGAACUGGAGCCUGUACAAUCAGCUAUCAAUAAGAAGAUCCACCUUGAGGGCCAAGUAGAUGAAGACAGAAAAGUCACAAUUACAUGGAGCAAAAAUGGGCAGAGACUCCCCCCUGGGAAAGAUUAUAAGAUCUAUUUUGAAGAUAAAAUAGCAUCACUUGAGAUCCCGCUGGCCAAACUCAAAGAUUCGGGGACCUAUGUUUGCACAGCUUCCAAUGAGGCUGGAAGCAGCUCCACUUCCGCAACAGUAACUAUCAGAGAGCCACCAUCCUUUGUGAAGAAGGUGGAUCCUUCUUACUUAAUGCUCCCAGGUGAAUCAGCACGCCUCCACUGCAAGCUGAAAGGCUCACCUGUGAUCCAGGUUACUUGGUUUAAAAAUAACAAAGAACUUACUGAGAGUAACACAAUCAGAAUGUCUUUUGUCAAUUCUGAGGCUGUCCUUGAUAUUACGGAUGUAAAAGUUGAAGACAGCGGGACUUACUCGUGUGAAGCAGUGAAUGAUGUUGGCAGUGACAGCUGCAGUGCUGAAAUAGUUGUCAAAGAACCUCCUUCUUUCAUCAAAACUCUUGAGCCUGCAGACAUAGUGAGAGGAACAAAUGCCCUCCUUCAGUGUGAAAUCGCAGGCACUGGACCAUUUGAAAUUAGCUGGUUCAAGGAUAAGAAGCAAAUUCGAAGUAGUAAAAAGUACAGGUUGUUUUCUCAGAAGUCCACUGUGUCCCUGGAGAUCUUUUCUUUUAAUAGUGCAGACGUUGGUGACUAUGAGUGUGUGGUUGCUAAUGAAGUUGGGAAGUGUGGCUGUGUUGCAACCCACUUACUAAAAGAACCACCAACCUUUGUAAAGAAAGUAGAUGAUUUUACUGCACUGGCGGGACAGACGGUUACCUUACAAGCUGCCGUGAGAGGGUCAGAACCCAUUUCUGUCACAUGGAUGAAAGGACAGGAGAUCAUUAAAGAAGAUGGAAAGAUCAAAAUGAGUUUUGCCAAUGGUGUGGCAGUCUUGAUCAUCCCUGAUGUGCAGAUUAGUUUUGGUGACAAAUACACAUGCCUGGCUGAAAAUGAAGCCGGAAGCCAAACGUCUGUUGGGGAAUUAAUAGUUAAAGAACCCGCUAAAAUCAUUGAGAGAGCAGAACUGAUCCAAGUGACCGCAGGAGACCCAGCCACGCUGGAGUACACAGUCACAGGCACCCCAGAGCUCAAGCCAAAAUGGUACAAAGAUGGGAGACCUUUGGUCGCCAGUAAAAAGUAUAGGAUAAGUUUUAAAAACAAUGUUGCCCAACUCAAAUUUUAUUCGGCUGAACUGCACGAUAGCGGCCAGUACAUGUUUGAGAUUUCCAAUGAAGUGGGCAGCAGCUCCUGUGAGACAACCUUCACUGUCUUAGAUCGAGACAUUGCUCCAUUCUUCACCAAACCCCUUCGCAACGUGGACAGUGUGGUUAGUGGCACCUGCAGGCUGGACUGCAAAAUUGCUGGCUCCCUCCCCAUGAGGGUGUCCUGGUAUAAGGAUGGUAAAGAAAUAGCCUCCUCUGACAGAUACAGAAUAGCCUUUGUGGAAGGCACAGCCUCUUUGGAGAUAAGCAGAGUAGACAUGAGUGAUGCCGGGAAUUUCACCUGUCGAGCCACAAAUUCUGUGGGAAGCAAAGACUGCAGUGGAGCCCUGAUUGUGCAAGAACCACCCAGUUUUGUAACUAAACCUUCAUCAAAGGAUGUCCUGCCUGGCUUGGCUGUGUGCCUGAAGAGCACCUUCCAAGGGUCUACCCCUUUCACAAUCAGAUGGUUUAAGGGUGACAAAGAGCUGGUUUCUGGUGGAAGCUGCUAUAUCAACAAAGAAGCUUUAGAAAGUUCCCUGGAACUGUAUGCAGUAAAAACCACCGAUUCAGGCACAUACACCUGUAAAGUCAGCAACGUGGCCGGAGCUGUGGAGUGCAGUGCAAACUUGUUUGUAAAAGAACCUGCCACAUUUGUCGAAAGGUUAGAACCGUCCCAGCUGUUAAAGAAGGGAGACACCACCCAGCUUGCCUGCAAAGUCACGGGCACCCCUCCAAUUAAAAUAACGUGGUUUGCAAAUGAUAGAGAAAUUAAGGAGAGCAGCAAACAUAAAAUGUCUUUUGUGGAGUCCACUGCGGUUCUAAGACUUACAGAUAUUGCUGUCGAAGACAGUGGUGAAUAUAUGUGUGAGGCUCAAAAUGAGGCUGGCAGUGACCACUGCGGUAGCAUUCUGAUAGUCAAAGAGUCACCUUACUUUACCAAGGAAUUUAAGCCCAUUGAAGUGUUGAAGGAAUAUGACGUCAUGUUGCUGGCUGAGGUGGCAGGCACGCCUCCCUUUGAGAUCACUUGGUUCAAAGACAACACCACACUGCGAAGUGGCAGGAAGUAUAAGACCUUCAUUCAGGAUCAGCUGGUUAGCCUGCAGAUCCUCAAGUUUGUAGCUGCGGACGCGGGUGAAUACCAGUGUCGGGUCACCAAUGAGGUGGGCAGCACCACCUGCAGUGCCAGGGUGACUUUAAGAGAACCCCCAACCUUUGUAAAGAAGAUCGAAAGCACCAGCUCCCUCAGAGGAGGCACCGCUGCCUUCCAGGCCGUGCUGAAGGGCUCCCUGCCCAUCACGGUGACUUGGCUAAAAGACAACGAGGAGAUCACUGAAGAUGAUCACAUAAGAAUGACCUUUGAGAACAAUGUGGCAAGUCUGUACCUCAGUGGCAUUGAAGUCAAGCACGAUGGGAAAUAUGUUUGCCAGGCCAAAAAUGAUGCAGGAAUACAAAGGUGUUCCGCAGUACUCUCAGUAAAAGAACCUGCAACAAUCAUUGAGGAGGCUGUGUCUAUAGAUGUCACCCAUGGAGACCCUGCCACUUUGCAGGUUAAAUUUUCAGGGACUAAGGAGAUUACAGCCAAAUGGUUUAAAGAUGGCCAAGAACUGACCCUGGGCCAAAAAUAUAAAAUCAGUGUCACUGACACUGUCUCUAUACUGAAGAUUAUUUCUACAGAAAAGAGAGAUAGUGGUGAAUAUACUUUUGAAGUCCAAAAUGAUGUCGGGAGGAGCAGCUGCAAGGCUAGCAUUAAUGUCUUAGAUCUUAUCAUACCUCCAUCAUUCACCAAAAAGCUGAAGAAAAUGGACAGUAUUAAAGGGUCUUCCAUUGACUUAGAAUGUAUAGUGGCUGGGUCACACCCCAUAAGCAUCCAGUGGUUCAAAGAUGACCAAGAAAUAACAGCUAGUGAAAAAUACAAGUUCUCUUUUCAUGACAAUACUGCCUUCUUGGAAAUCAGUCAGCUGGAAGGUUCAGACAGUGGCACCUACACUUGUUCUGCCACUAACAAGGCGGGACACAACCAGUGCAGUGGCCAUCUGACAGUCAAAGAACCCCCUUACUUCCUGGAAAAGCCACAGUCACAAGAUGUCAAUCCCAAUACAAGGGUUCAAUUAAAGGCACUUGUGGGUGGCACUACACCCAUGACAAUAAAGUGGUUUAAAGAUAACAAAGAGUUGCACUCCGGAGCGGCUCGCUCAGUCUGGAAGGAUGACACCUCCACCAUCCUGGAGCUCUUUUCAGCCAAAGCUGCUGAUUCGGGGACCUACAUUUGCCAACUGAGCAAUGAUGUUGGCACAGCAACCACUAAAGCCACUCUCUUUGUGAAAGAACCUCCUCAAUUCAUUAAGAAGCCCAGCCCGGUGCUAGUGCUGAGGAAUGGACAGUCCACGACAUUUGAAUGCCAGAUAACAGGCACUCCUGAAAUCAGAGUUUCUUGGUAUCUGGACGGGAAUGAAAUAACAGCUGUUCAGAAACAUGGCAUUUCCUUCAUUGAUGGUUUAGCCACUUUCCAGAUAUCUGGGGCCAGGGUGGAAAAUAGUGGGACUUACGUCUGUGAAGCUCAAAAUGAUGCAGGCACUGCAAGCUGCAGCAUUGAGUUAAAAGUGAAAGAACCUCCCACCUUUAUCAGGGAGCUGAAACCUGUGGAGGUAGUCAAAGAUAGUGAUGUGGAGCUGGAGUGUGAAGUUAUGGGAACAUCUCCAUUCCAAGUCACUUGGCUGAGGAAUAACAAGGAAAUUCGGAGCAGCAAAAAAUACACCCUGACUGACAGAGUGUCAGUGUUUAAUCUCAACAUAAACAGAUGUGACCCUUCAGACACUGGUGACUACCAGUGCAUCGUAUCCAAUGAAGGCGGCAGCUGCUCUUGCAGCGCUCGAGUCUCUCUGAAAGAGCCACCCUCGUUCAUAAAGAAGAUAGAAAACAUCACUACUGUUUUGAAAAGUUCUGCCACCUUUCAGAGCACUGUGGCGGGCUCACCUCCCAUUUCUGUCACCUGGCUCAAGGAUGAUCAGAUUCUGGAUGAAGAUGAUAAUGUUCACAUGUCCUUUGUGAACAACGUGGCCACACUUCAAAUUAGAUCUGUGGAUAAUGGACACAGUGGGAGGUACACAUGUCAAGCCAAGAACGAGUCAGGAGUUGAGAGGUGUUAUGCUUUCCUUUUAGUACAAGAACCCGCUCAGAUCAUAGAGAAAGCUAAAUCUGUCGAUGUAACUGAGAAAGACCCAGUGACCUUGGAGUGUGUUGUGGCCGGAACGCCAGAACUCAAAGUCAAGUGGCUUAAAGAUGGGAAACAGAUUGUGCCUAGUAGAUAUUUUUCGAUGAGUUUUGAAAACAACGUGGCCAGCUUUAGGAUUCAGUCAGUAAUGAAGCAAGACAGCGGCGAGUACACUUUCAAGGUGGAAAAUGACUUUGGAAGCAGUAGCUGUGAUGCCUACCUGAGAGUACUAGAUCAAGAUAUUCCUCCAUCAUUCACCAAAAAGUUAACCAAAAUGGAUAAAGUUCUAGGCUCUUCCAUUCAUAUGGAGUGCAAAGUUUCUGGCUCACUUCCUAUUAGUGCUCAGUGGUUUAAGGAUGGAAAAGAAAUAUCUACAAGUGCAAAAUACAGACUUGUCUGUCAUGAGAACACGGUAUCACUGGAUGUUAACAAUCUGGAAUUAGAAGACACUGCAAAUUACACAUGCCGAGUAUCAAACGUAGCAGGGGAUGCGGCAUGCAGUGGCAUCUUGACUGUAAAAGAACCUCCAAGCUUCCUAGUGAAACCUGAGCGACAACAAGCCAUACCUGACUCUACGGUGGAAUUUAAAGCUGUGCUAAAAGGAACACCACCAUUUAAAAUCAAGUGGUUUAAGGAUGAUGUGGAACUUGCCUCUGGACCUAAAUGUUUCAUUGGCUUGGAAGGGUCAACUAGCUUCUUAAAUCUGUACUCAGUGGAUGCUUCCAAGACUGGACAGUAUACUUGCCAAGUUACCAAUGACGUUGGUAGCGACUCUUGUACCACAGUGUUGCUUGUGACAGAACCACCAAAGUUUGUAAAGAAACUAGAAGCGACCAAAAUAGUGAGAGCAGGUGACUCAGCACGACUUGAAUGCAAAAUAACUGGAUCCCCAGACAUCAGAGUUGUGUGGUACAGAAAUGAGCAUGAACUCCCAGCCAGUGAGAAAUACAGAAUGGCUUUCAUUGACUCGGUGGCCGUCUUACAGAUGAAUAAUCUUGGUACUGAAGACACUAGUGAUUUCAUUUGUGAGGCUCAGAAUCUUGCUGGCAGCACAAGCUGUAGUACCAAGGUUAUUGUAAAAGAACCACCUGUUUUUAGCAGCUUCCCUCCUGUGGUAGAAACUCUUAAAAAUGCUGAAGUUAGUAUUGAAUGUGAACUUUCGGGAACACCACCAUUUGAGGUGGUUUGGUACAAAGAUAAGCGACAACUCCGAAGCAGCAAGAAAUAUAAGAUUGCGUCCAAAAAUUUCCAUGCAAGUAUUCACAUUCUCAAUGUUGACACUUCAGACAUUGGUGAAUACCACUGCAAAGCACAGAACGAAGUGGGUAGUGAUACAUGCAUUUGUACUGUAAAACUAAAAGAACCACCAAGAUUUGUCUCCAAGCUGAACAGCCUCACUGUUGUAGCUGGUGAGCCUGCUGAGUUACAAGCAUCCAUAGAAGGCACCCAGCCUAUUUAUGUCCAGUGGCUUAAAGAGAAGGAAGAAGUGGUUAGAGAAAGUGAAAACAUAAGAAUUACAUUUGUGGAAAAUGUUGCCACUCUGCAGUUUUCAAAAGCAGAACCAGCUGAUGCUGGGAAGUAUAUCUGCCAAAUCAAGAAUGACGGUGGGAUGAGGGAGAACAUGGCCACGUUGACUGUUUUAGAACCUGCGGUCAUUGUCGAGAAAGCAGGUUCGAUGACGGUGACUGUGGGAGAAACGUGCUCUCUGGAGUGUAAGGUGGCUGGCACUCCCGAACUCUCAGUCGAAUGGUACAAGGAUGGAAAGCUGUUGACCAGCAGCCAAAAACACAAAUUUAGCUUCUACAACAAAAUCUCUUCCUUAAAGAUUCUCUCUGUUGAAAAGCAGGACGCGGGCACAUACACUUUCCAGGUUCAAAAUAAUGUUGGAAAAAGCAGCUGCACAGCAGUGGUGGAUGUUUCAGACCGAAUGGUUCCUCCGUCUUUCACACGAAGACUGAAAGAUACCAUUGGAGUGCUGGGUACAUCUUGCAUCUUGGAGUGCAAAGUAGCCGGGUCAUCACCAAUCUCUGUUGCCUGGUUUCAUGAGAAAACCAAGAUUGUCAGUGGAGCGAAGUACCAGACUACAUUUUCAGAUAACAUCUGCACGUUGCAGCUCAAUUCUCUGGACUCAUCAGAUAUGGGCAGUUACACGUGUGUGGCUGCUAAUGUCGCUGGGUCUGAUGAGUGCCGUGCAGUGUUGGCUGUACAAGAACCACCCUCUUUCGUGAAGGAACCUGAACCUUUGGAAGUACUACCAGGCAAAAACAUCACCUUCACAAGUGUUAUUAGAGGAACCCCUCCAUUUAAGGUUGGCUGGUUCAGAGGUGCCAGAGAACUGGUGAGAGGAGACAGGUGCAACAUCUAUUUUGAAGACACUGUGGCAGAACUGGAAUUAUUUAAUGUCGACAUCUCUCAGAGUGGGGAAUACACCUGUGUGGUUUCUAACAACGCUGGCCAAACAUCCUGUAUUACCCAUCUCUUUGUAAAAGAACCAGCUGUGUUUGUGAAGAAACUGAGUGAUCACUCUGUAGAACCAGGGAAAUCCAUCAUUUUGGAAAGUACCUACAUGGGAACACUCCCCAUUUCAGUUACAUGGAAAAAGGAUGGUUUCAACAUAACACCCUCUGAAAAAUGCAACAUAGUCACAACAGAGAAGACCUGCAUCCUGGAAAUUCUGAACAGCACAAAAAGAGAUGCAGGACAGUAUUCCUGCGAGAUUGAAAAUGAGGCGGGAAGGGAUGUUUGCGAAGCUCUGGUGUCUACAUUAGAACCGCCUUAUUUUGUUACGGAACUGGAGCCUCUGGAGGCAUCAGUGGGAGAUUCGGUUUCUUUACAAUGCCAAGUUGCUGGGACCCCAGAAAUUACAGUGUCUUGGUACAAAGGUGAUACCAAGUUACGGCCGACUCCUGAAUACAGGACUUAUUUUACAAACAAUGUGGCCACACUUGUUUUUAACAAAGUGAACAUCAAUGACAGUGGAGAGUACACAUGUAAAGCAGAAAACAGCAUAGGAACUGCCUCUUCUAAGACUGUCUUCAGAAUUCAAGAGCGCCAGCUCCCACCUUCCUUUGCAAGACAAUUAAAGGACAUUGAACAAACUGUUGGGUUACCAGUUACCCUCACUUGUCGAUUGAAUGGCUCUGCACCCAUCCAAGUGAGCUGGUACAGAGAUGGGGUACUUUUACGAGAUGAUGAAAAUCUACAGACAUCGUUUGUAGAUAAUGUGGCAACUUUAAAAAUUUUGCAAACAGACUUGAGUCACUCUGGCCAGUACUCUUGUUCAGCUUCUAAUCCACUUGGGACAGCAUCUUCCAGUGCUAGACUGACAGCGAGAGAGCCUAAGAAAUCGCCCUUCUUUGACAUCAAGCCUGUAUCUAUAGAUGUUAUUGCUGGGGAAAGUGCUGACUUUGAGUGUCAUGUUACUGGUGCUCAACCAAUGCGAAUUACUUGGUCAAAAGAUAACAAGGAGAUCCGUCCUGGAGGAAACUACACAAUUACAUGUGUGGGAAACACUCCCCAUUUGAGAAUUCUUAAAGUAGGCAAAGGAGACUCUGGUCAAUAUACUUGCCAAGCAACCAACGAUGUUGGCAAAGACAUGUGCUCUGCUCAACUCAGUGUAAAAGAACCUCCAAAGUUUGUUAAGAAAUUAGAAGCUUCAAAAGUUGCAAAGCAGGGAGAAUCCAUCCACCUGGAAUGCAAAAUAAGUGGUUCUCCAGAAAUCAAAGUUACAUGGUUUCGAAAUGACAGUGAACUUCAUGAGAGCUGGAAGUACAACAUGUCCUUUGUGGACUCUCUGGCACUGCUCACCAUCAAUGAAGCCAGCACAGGGGACAGCGGGGACUACAUCUGUGAAGCCCAUAACGGUGUCGGGGACGCCAGCUGCAGCACAGCCCUGACCGUCAAAGCACCUCCUGUUUUCACCCAGAAGCCUUCUCCAAUAGGAGCCCUUAAAGGUUCUGAUGUUGUCCUCCAAUGUGAAAUUUCGGGAACUCCCCCUUUUGAAGUGGUGUGGGUUAAAGAUCGCAAGCAAGUUCGAAGCAGCAAGAAGUUUAAAAUCACCUCGAAAAAUUUUGAUGCAAGUCUUCAUAUCCUUAACCUGGAUACCGCCGAUGUAGGAGAAUAUCACUGCAAAGCUACUAAUGAGGUGGGAAGUGACACGUGUGUUUGCACUGUCAAAUUCAAAGAACCCCCACGAUUUGUGAAAAAGCUCAGUGACACCUCAACCCUUGUUGGGCAUGCUGUUGAGUUGCAGGCUGUAGUGGAAGGCUUCCAGCCCAUAUCUGUUGUCUGGCUGAAAGAUAAAGGUGAAGUCAUCAGAGAGAGUGAAAACACUAGGAUUUCAUUUGUUGACAAUGUUGCAACCCUCCAACUUGGGAGCCCAGAGGCAUCUAACUCUGGAAAAUACGUGUGUCAAAUCAAAAACGAUGCUGGAAUGAGAGAGUGUUCGGCAGUCUUGACUGUCCUAGAACCAGCCAGAAUCAUUGAGAAACCAGAACCCAUGACUGUCACUACUGGAAAUCCUUUCGCAUUAGAAUGUGUAGUGACUGGAACACCAGAACUUUCAGCCAAGUGGUUCAAAGAUGGGAGAGAAAUAGCUGCAGACAGCAAACAUCACAUCACAUUCGUCAACAAAGUGGCUUCACUUAAAAUCCCUUGUGCAGAAAUGAGUGACAAGGGGUUAUAUAGCUUUGAAGUGAAGAACAGUGUUGGUAAAAGUAACUGCACUGUUUCUGUCCAUGUUUCCGAUCGGGUUGUGGCUCCUUCCUUCAUCCGCAAGCUGAAGGACGUCAACGCCAUCAUCGGGGCCUCCGUGGUUUUGGAGUGCAGAGUCUCCGGCUCCGCCCCCAUCUCCGUGGGCUGGUUUCAGGAUGGCAGUGAGAUCGUCAGUGGGCCUAAAUGCCAGUCGAGCUUUUCAGAAAAUGUUUGCACUUUGAACCUGAGCGUCUUGGAGCCCUCUGACACAGGCACCUACACAUGCGUGGCCGCCAACGUGGCUGGGUCCGAUGAAUGCUCAGCGGUCCUGACUGUCCAAGAACCACCUUCUUUUGAACAAACCCCUGACUCUGUGGAAGUGCUCCCUGGAACGAGCCUCACAUUCACCAGUGUCAUCAGAGGCACCCCGCCUUUCAAGGUCAAAUGGUUUAAAGGCAGCAAGGAGCUGGUGUCCGGGGAAUCAUGCAGCAUCUCUCUGGAAGAUUUUGUCACGGAACUGGAGUUAUUUGAGGUGGAGCCAUUGCAAAGCGGGGACUACUCCUGCCUCGUGUCUAACGAUGCUGGCAGUGCUUCCUGUAGCACACAUCUUUUUGUGAAAGAACCGGCCACCUUUGUGAAAAGACUGGCCGAUUUCAGUGUCGAGACAGGAAACCCCAUCGUUCUUGAGGCCACGUUUACGGGUACACCUCCCAUCUCGGUGAGCUGGAUGAAGAAUGAGUACCUCCUUACACAGUCUCAGAAUUGCAGUAUUACCAUGACAGAGAAAUCUACCAUCCUGGAGAUCGUCGACAGCACGAUAGAGGAUUACGCGCAGUACAGUUGCCUAAUAGAAAAUGAGGCUGGUCAAGAUAUUUGCGAUGCUGUGGUGUCUGUCUUAGAACCACCUUAUUUCAUUGAGCCUCUGGAACACGUGGAAGCAGUCAUUGGAGAACCUAUAACUUUACAGUGUAAAGUGGAUGGAACCCCGGAAAUUAGAAUUUCUUGGUAUAAAGAACACACAAAGCUACGAUCAGCUCCUGCAUAUAAAAUGCAGUUCAAAAAUAACGUUGCCUCCCUGGUGAUCAACAAAGUGGAUCACAGUGACGUGGGAGAAUAUACCUGCAAGGCAGAAAACAUUGUGGGAGCAGUGGCUUCUUCAUCUGUGCUUGUUAUCAAAGAGCGCAAACUUCCACCUUCCUUUGCAAGAAAACUGAAGGAUGUUCAGGAGACUCUUGGCUUCCCAGUUGCAUUUGAAUGUCGCAUCAAUGGCUCAGAACCUCUCCAAGUGUCUUGGUACAAGGAUGGGGUACUUUUGAGAGAUGAUGCUAAUCUGCAAACAUCUUUUGUUCACAAUGUAGCAACUCUCCAGAUUUUGCAGACUGACCAGAGCCACGUCGGUCAGUACAAUUGCUCGGCUUCUAAUCCCCUUGGGACUGCUUCAUCCAGUGCGAAGCUCAUCCUCUUAGAGCACGAAGUACCUCCUUUCUUUGAUCUCAAGCCUGUGUCAGUAGAUCUGGCUCUUGGAGAAAGUGGUUCUUUUAAAUGUCAUGUAACUGGAACUGCACCAAUCAAAAUCACUUGGGCUAAAGACAACCGAGAGAUUCGUCCUGGAGGCAACUACAAGAUGACUUUGGUUGAAAAUACUGCCACGCUGACGGUUCUCAAAAUAGGCAAAGGCGAUGCUGGGCAGUACACCUGCUAUGCAAGCAAUGUCGCUGGAAAAGACUCUUGUUCUGCUCAUCUGGGUGUACAAGAACCACCCAGGUUCAUUAAGAAGCUGGAACCUUCAAGAAUCGUGAAACAAGAUGAAUCUACAAGAUACGAAUGUAAAAUAGGAGGGUCUCCAGAAAUCAAAGUUUUAUGGUACAAGGACGAGACUGAAAUUCAAGAGAGCAGUAAAUUCAGAAUGUCAUUCGUGGACUCGGUGGCAGUGUUGGAAAUGCACGGGCUCAGUGUGGAAGACAGUGGAGAUUACACCUGCGAGGCCUCCAAUGCAGCCGGCAGCGCAAGCAGCACCACCUCCUUGAAAGUUAAAGAACCACCCAUUUUCCGCAAAAAGCCUCAUCCCAUUGAAACACUGAAAGGAGCUGAUGUUCACCUUGAAUGUGAGCUUCAGGGCACUCCCCCAUUUCAAGUUUCGUGGCAUAAAGACAAGAGAGAACUUAGGAGUGGCAAGAAGUACAAGAUAAUGUCUGAGAACUUCCUGACGAGUAUUCAUAUUCUGAGCGUCGAUGCUGCGGACAUUGGGGAGUAUCAGUGUAAAGCAACGAAUGAUGUGGGAAGUGACACCUGUGUUGGUUCCAUCACUCUGAAAGCACCACCAAGGUUUGUGAAGAAGCCCAGUGAUGUUUCUACCAUUGUUGGUGAAGAAGUUCAGCUUCAGGCUACCGUUGAAGGCGCUGAGCCCAUUUCCGUGGUGUGGUUCAAAGACAAGGGGGAGAUCGUCAGAGAAAGUGACAACAUAUGGAUCUCUUAUUCAGAAAACACUGCAACGCUACAGUUCUCAAGAGCAGAAACAGCCAACGCUGGGAAAUACACCUGUCAGAUCAAAAACGAUGCCGGAAUGCAAGAGUGUUCUGCCACGGUGUCCAUCCUCGAGCCUGCAGCAAUUGUGGAAAAGCCAGAAUCCAUAAAAGUGACCACAGGAGACACCUGCACCUUGGAAUGCAUGGUCACUGGCACGCCCGAACUCACUACCAGGUGGUUUAAGGAUGGAAAAGAGCUGACGAGUGACAGCAAAUACAAAAUAAGCUUCUUCAACAAAGUGUCUGGCCUGAAGAUCAUUAAUGUGGCCCCCAGUGACAGUGGGGUGUACAGUUUUGAGGUGCAGAACCCUGUGGGCAAAGACAGCUGCACCGCCUCAGUGCAAGUUUCAGACCGAACUGUUCCUCCUUCGUUCACGAGAAGAUUGAAAGAGACAAAUGGCCUGUCUGGUUCCUCCGUGGUAAUGGAGUGUAAAGUCUAUGGAUCACCUCCAAUCUCUGUCUCCUGGUUCCAUGAAGGAAACGAGAUUAGCAGUGGAAGGAAAUACCAGACCACCCUGACGGAUAACACAUGUGCUUUAACUGUGAACAUGCUGGAAGAAUCAGAUGCUGGCAGCUACACGUGUAUAGCUACUAAUGUGGCCGGUUCUGAUGAGUGCAGUGCUCCUUUGACUGUGAGAGAACCACCAUCUUUUGUUCAGAAACCUGACCCCAUGGAUGUUUUAACUGGAAGCAACGUAACCUUCACAAGCAUUGUAAAAGGAACACCCCCUUUCAGUGUUAGCUGGUUCAAGGGCAGCAGUGAACUAGUACCAGGGGACACAUGUAAUGUGUCUUUGGAGGAUUCAGUUGCUGAACUGGAGUUGUUUGAUGUAGAUACAUCACAGGGUGGGGAGUAUACCUGCAUCGUCAGUAAUGAAGCUGGCAGAGUUUCUUGUACAACGCAUCUCUACGUAAAAGCCCCAGCCAGAUUUGUAAAGAAGCUCAAUGAUUACAGCAUAGAGAAAGGAAAACCUCUGAUCCUGGAGGGCACGUACACUGGAACUCCUCCCAUUUCCGUGACAUGGAAGAAAAAUGGCAUAAACGUAACUCCAUCUCAGAGGUGUAACAUAACCACAACUGAAAAAUCUGCCAUCCUGGAAAUCCCAAGCAGCACCGUGGAGGACGCAGGACAGUACAACUGUUACAUUGAGAACACUUCUGGAAAAGACUCCUGUUCAGCACAGAUCCUGAUACUAGAACCACCAUAUUUUAUCAAGCAGUUGGAGCCUGUGAAGGUGACUGUUGGAGAUUCUGCCUCCUUACAAUGCCAGCUUGGUGGGACCCCUGAAAUUGCAGUGUCCUGGUUUAAAGGAGAUACAAAAUUGAGACCUACUGCUACCUGCAAGAUGCAUUUUAGGAACAAUGUUGCUACAUUGGUUUUCAACCAGGUUGAUAGUAAUGACAGUGGAGAAUAUAUCUGCAGAGCUGAAAACAGUGUGGGAGAGGUGUCUUCAUCAACUUUCCUGACUGUUCAAGAGCAAAAACUUCCACCCUCAUUUUCUCGACAAUUGCGAGAUGUUCAGGAAACAGUCGGGCUACCGGUUAUUUUUGAGUGUGCUAUCAGUGGAUCAGAACCUAUCUCAGUGUCUUGGUUUAAAGAUGGCAGGCCAGUGAAAGACAGCCCCAAUGUACAAGCAUCGUUUUUAGAUAAUGUGGCCACUCUAAACAUUUUUCAGACUGAUCGGAGUUUUGCAGGCCAGUAUUCUUGCACAGCCUCAAACCCUAUAGGUUCUGCUACUUCCAGCGCCAGACUCAUUCUCACAGAGGGGAAGAACGCCCCCUUCUUUGACAUCCCUCUGGCCCCUGUGGAUGCUGUGGUGGGAGAGAGUGCGGACUUUGAGUGCCACGUGACUGGGACACAGCCGAUAAAGGUCGCCUGGGCUAAAGACAACAGAGAGAUCCGCAGUGGUGGAAACUACCAGAUUAGUUAUCUGGAAAACAGUGCCCACCUGACCAUCCUGAAAGUGGACAAAGGAGACUCUGGACAGUAUACAUGUUAUGCUGUCAAUGAAGUGGGCAAGGACUCUUGCACGGCUCAGCUCAACAUAAGAGAGCGGCUGAUCCCACCAAGUUUCACGAAAAAACUCUCAGAGACAGUAGAAGAAACAGAAGGGAAUUCUUUCAAACUUGAGGGCCGUGUUGCUGGUUCCCAACCCAUCUCUGUUGCUUGGUACAAAAAUAACAUAGAGAUCCACCCAACAUCUAACUGUGAAAUCACAUUCAAGAACAACACACUUCUGCUGCACAUCAAGAGGGCAGGCAUGGAUGAUGCUGGUUUGUACACAUGCAAAGCGUCAAAUGAUGCAGGCUCUGCUCUGUGUACAUCUUCGAUCAUCAUCAAAGAACCUAAGAAGCCACCUGUGUUUGAUCAGCACCUUACCCCAGUAACAGCAAGUGAAGGAGAAUUUGUGCAACUCAGCUGCCACAUCUGGGGAUCAGAACCCAUCAGGAUCCAGUGGUUGAAGGCUGGCAGAGAAAUAAAGCCCUCAGACAGAUGCAGCUUCAGCUUUGCUAAUGGGACUGCUGUGCUGGAACUUAAGGAUGUGACUAAAGCAGAUGCAGGAGAUUAUGUGUGUAAAGCUUCCAAUGUGGCUGGAAGUGACACUUCCAAAUCAAAAGUGACCAUUAAAGACAAACCAGCUGCCGUCCCAGCAGCUAAGAAAGCAGCAGUAGAUGGAAAACUCUUCUUCGUAUCAGAACCUCAGAGUAUCAGAGUUGUAGAAAAAACCACUGCAACAUUCAUUGCAAAAGUUGGAGGUGAUCCAAUUCCAAAUGUGAAGUGGACAAAAGGGAAAUGGAGACAGCUGAACCAAGGAGGUCGAAUACUGAUCCACCAAAAAGGCGAUGAAGCCAAGCUGGAGAUUAGAGACACCACAAAAACUGAUUCUGGGUUAUACCGAUGUGUUGCGUUUAAUAAACAUGGUGAAAUUGAAAGUAAUGUUAACCUACAGGUGGAUGAAAGGAAGAAACAAGAGAAAAUUGAAGGAGAUCUUAGAGCAAUGCUGAAAAAGACUCCAGUCUUAAAGAAAGGAGCUGGGGAAGAAGAGGAAAUUGAUAUCAUGGAGCUUCUCAAAAAUGUUGAUCCAAAAGAAUAUGAAAAAUAUGCCCGCAUGUAUGGAAUCACUGAUUUCCGGGGUCUUCUUCAAGCAUUUGAACUGCUAAAGCAAAGUCAAGGAGAAGAGACACAUAGAUUGGAAAUUGAAGAAAUAGAGAAGUCAGAGAAGGAAGAGAAGGAAUUUGAAGAACUUGUAUCCUUUAUUCAGCAAAGGCUGUCACAAACAGAGCCUGUCACUCUGAUCAAGGACAUUGAAAAUCAGACAGUUUUGAAAGAUGACGAUGCUGUCUUUGAAAUUGACAUUAAGAUUAAUUAUCCAGAAAUCAAGCUUUCAUGGUACAAAGGGACUGAAAAACUGGAACGCAGUGAUAAGUUUGAAAUAAGCAUUGAUGGUGAUCGACAUACUCUCAGAGUCAAGAACUGUCAACUUAAAGAUCAGGGCAAUUACAGAUUGGUGUGUGGUCCACACAUUGCUAGUGCUAAACUAACUGUAAUUGAUAUUCCUGACUCCAGAGUUCCAAUUCCUACCAUGCCAAUCCGAGCAAUACCACCAGAAGAAGUUACUGUAACAGCACAGAAAGAAUGGGCUUACACCAAAGAAGAAGAAACUGUUUCAGUAGAACGGGAAGAAGAAUAUGAGGAAUACGAAGAAUAUGAUUAUAAAGAAUUUGAGGAGUAUGAACCAACAGAAGAAUAUGAUCACAAGAACUUAUCAAUAAACAAUAUCUUUAAAGUGCCUGAGAUUCCUAAGAAGCCUGAGGAGAAGGUUCCUGUGCCCAUUCCUAAGAAAGAGAAGGCUCCACCAGCUAAAGAGGUGCCCAAAAAAGUCCUCCCAGAAGAAAAGAAGCCAACACCUAUUUCGAAAAAAGUGGAGGUUCCUCCGCCCAAAGAGGAAGAGGAAAUUUCACCUGAGGAAGAAGUUCCACCAGAGGAGGAGGAGAUUCCUCCAGAGGAAGAGGAAGUUCCUCCUGAAGAAGAGGAAAUUCCUCCUGAGGAGGAAGAAUUUGUACCUGAGGAAGAAGUGGUACCCGAAGAAGAAGAAGUUCUUCCAGAAAUUAAGCCUAAAGUGCCAGUACCUGCACGAGUUCUAGCAUUCAAACAAGCUUGUGUCUUUAAAGUGCACGAGGAGCCUGAGGAAAUAGCCCCAGAGGAGCCUCCAGUUGAAGUCGUAGAAGAGCCAGAGCCUGCUCCUGCUCCUCCUCCAAAAGUGACCGUCCCACCUAAGAAACCUGUCCCAGAAAAGAAACCACCUGCUGUUGUUGCCAAGAAACCUGAACCACCACCAGUGAAAGUGCCAGAGGUACCAAAGAAACCUGUCGUGGAGGAGAAACCAGCCAUCCCUGUUCCUGAGAGAGUAGAGUCUCCUCCUCCAGAAGAGGAAGAGCCAGUUCCUGUUGUAGAAGAGGAAGAGCCAGUUCCUAUUGUUGAAGAGGAAGAGCCAGUUCCUGUUGUAGAAGAGGUGGAACCAGAAGCCCCACCACCAGCAGAGAAAGUGUCAGUUCCUAUCCCUGAAGAACCAGAAGCUCCACCUGUCCAAG